AUGGAUGCAAGACUAAAGAAGUUUUUCAAACCAGAAGGCCUGCUUAAAGUACGUUUCACAGGGGAGCCAGCUAUAGGUGGUGGUGGGCCACGUCGAGAAUUUUUUACAGGUACUCAUUAAUCAUACAAUCUAAUCUAACAUGAUGUACAACAAGUUAUUUUGUAGGACUUAGAGAAAGAAGGAAAGCUAUUGGAUGCAUGUCUUCCCAGUCACUAUGUGAUCUUAAAUUGUCAGUUAAUUGCAUCAUAUUUGCCCAAUUCAAAUACUACAUUAUAUUUUAUCCAUGUCCAAAAAGCUAGCUAUACUGGUAUAUUCCUCUUUAAAGUGCCAAAUAAUAUUUUUGGUUUUUAAGCAGCUCCACAUAGUGUAUUUUGUUUUCACUGAGGUGGUUUAGUUUUUUUAUGUCUUUAGUUUUUAUUUUAAAGCAAAACAACAUUUUAAAGCUCUGUAGGUGUAUUAAAGACUAAGAUAAUAAUGUUUUACUUUCGCAGAGGCAUUGAAUCACAUUCAAAUGAAACUAUUUACUGAUGACGGGUAUCCUGUGGUGAACAUCCAAGCUUUGACAGAAGAAGAGUUUGAAGUUGCACGUGAAAUUUUUGCCACAUCUAUUGUUCAAGAAGGACCAGCUGCUUGUUUAUUAUCAACAAAUGUAUAUGAUUAUAUCGUUAGAGGAAUUUGUAGUGUGCAAGCACAUAACUGGAUAGUACAACUGGAAGAUGAUGUAUCAAAGACAGCAAUUGACAAGGUGUUCAAGAAGGACCAGCUGCUUGUUUAUUAUCAACAAAUGUAUAUGAUUAUAUCGUUAGAGGAAUUUGUAGUGUGCAAGCACAUAACUGGAUAG